CUUGCUAUAGUCGGUUAUGUCUUUACAGAUCGGCUUGUCCCCCACAUAAAGAGCUACACGUUGCGAAAGGGAAUCGCAGGGAAAGAUUUGGGCAAACGAGGGACUUCAAUUGCCGAUAAAGAUGUACCCGAAGCCCUCGGUAUCGUCGCAGGUGCCGUAUUUCUCGUAUGUUUAAUAUUUUGCUUGGUAGGGUAUGCCGCUUGGCAUCCCAGCAAGUUGUUGGAUAUGAACUCGGCAUUGCUCUCGAUAUGUUUCAUGCUAUUUUUGGGCUUUACGGACGACGUGCUAGAUUGGCCGUGGCGCUACAAGCUCUUUCUACCCAGCGUCGCUUCUCUUCCACUUUUAUGUUGCUACAAUGGAAGCACCUCGAUUGUUGUUCCCAUUCCUAUGCGCUCUUGGCUUUGGCAUGACAAAUCUGCAACCUUAUUGGGGCAUCUCGGCUUCCUGUAUCUGUUGUAUAUGGGUUUGUUAGCAGUCUUUUGCACGAACGCCAUCAACAUUUACGCCGGUAUCAACGGGUUGGAAGCGGGGCAAUCGUAUAUAAUUGGCUGUGCCGUGUUGGUCCACAACCUGCUCGAAAUUCGAUUCCACAACAAUCUGGAAGAAAACCAUUUGUUUUCCGUCAUGGUCAUGUUAAGUUUUGUCGGAGUCACAUUGGGAUUGCUCAAACACAAUUGGUUUCCAGCAUCCGUCUUUGUGGGCGACACCUUUUGUUAUUUUGCCGGUAUGACAUUUGCUGUUGUAGGUAUUCUGGGGCAUUUCUCCAAGACUCUUUUGCUGUUUUUUAUUCCACAAGUCAUCAAUUUUGUGUGGUCUGUUCCUCAAUUGUUCAAAUUUGUCCCGUGUCCCAGGCACCGACUGCCCGCCAUCAACGCUGACACGGGUCUGAUGGAGCCAUCCACCUUUCCUUGCCAACCACACGAAUAUCGAAUACUGAAACGUCAUCCCAACGAUACAACGGUGCCAAACAUGACCGUCAUUAACCUUUGCCUACAACUGGUGGGCCCCAUGAGUGAGCGGUCGUUGUGUAUUUUACUGCUCGCUCUACAAACUUUAUCGUGUGGGCUCGGAAUGCUCUGUCGGUACUACAUUGCCAACUUCUUUUUCGACGAUUGA